AUGUCAGAUGGUACAAGUAUCGAGGAAAUGUCCCUUCCCACCCCCUCCGAUAAGCCAAAACCAACGGGCUUCCACCCCAUGGCCUGGAUAUCGUCGUCCCUGCAAGAAAUCAUCACAGAGGGACUGCAGCAAAGCGCAACAUCCCGAGGAAUCCUGCGCCACAUCGCCUGCGAGCUCGACGGGAACCGCCGGUGGGCACGGAGCCGCGGCGUCCCAGUCUCUGCGGGACACAGGCAGGGGGCCGAGACGAUGACGCAGAUAGUCGAGACGGCAUUCGGCUGCGGCGUGCAAGCCCUAACGCUGUACAUCUUCAGCAUCGAGAACUUCAAGCGCUCGGCCGACGAGAUCCAGAGCAUCAUGGCCAUUCUGGCCGACUGCCUUUCCCGGCUCUCGGACUCUGAAAACGGCCUCGCGAGGAGGCAGGGGUUUGCUAUCCGCGUUCUUGGGAAUUUGAAGUUGCUGGACGACGACAUGCAGGCCGUUGUGCGGAGGACGGUUGAGAGCACGAAGGACAACGGGGCAAGGACUCUGAAUUUCUGCAUUGCGUAUACGUCGCGCUAUGAGAUUACCGCUGCGGUUAGAAAGACCGUGAUCGAUGCAUGUGCCACUAGGGACAAACAAGAUCCGACGACAAUCUCAGUCGACGAUAUAAAUGCGAAUAUGAUGACAGCUGACUGUCCGCCGGUGGACCUGCUGAUCCGGACCUCGGGGACUACGAGACUGAGUGACUUUUUCAUGUGGCAGUGUAAUGGCUCGACGGAUAUCGUGUUUACGCAGACGCUGUGGCCGGAGUUUGGGCCGUUGCGGUUGUUGUUUGUUAUCUGGAAGUGGCAGAAUGGGUUGCUUUGA